GAUGGGGCGUGGCCUAGAUGGCUGCUCCUUGUAGGCUCGUGUCCGGGAACCGGCGACAAGGUUCGGGCUGCUGGAAAUCUUUCCGGUAAGCUCAGUGGUUAUAUGGAGUGUGGGCAGCCAAAGACAAGGACUUUGUCCCAACCCUGCUUACGCAGACACACGUCCAGGCACCACCAUGGGUUCCAGGGCUGGAAAAUCUGCUGGCAUCGUGAGGAUGGCCAGGAUUCCACCGGGUCUUCUCUGAGGAAUGGACAUGGGAGGGUGGCGGCGGCGAAUGACCCCUCCUUCGGGGAUAAGAAAGUUACAGUUGUCCGUUUUUCCCACGACUAUGCCAGGGGUCGUGUACAGACUCACAGCCACUCCCAGAGUGGAGAAUCAACCGAACACUUGCGUCCUAAUGACAAAUCUGACUCUUCUCCACUGCUCAAUGUCUUCUAGCCUUGCUUUAGUUCCCUGCACCAGAGCUGGAGAGGAACCUCCAAACUAGAAAGACUGCUGGUGGCUGGGAAUGUAUGUGAGUUCAGCAUGAAGUGCUGCUGUCCUGACGUGGCUGGAAAGCAAUUACUAUUAAUAUCGGUGUAAUUCUGUCCGUUUAUAAUGCUGGAAAGACGAGAAAUGCCUGAAGUUGGCGAAGGUGGCGGCUUACAUCUGCAUUUGGAAAGAAAUUGUUGUACAUCCGCCGUUGUUUAUAACCAUGUUGUUUUCUGCUUCUCCUUCGUUUGCUGAUAAUCUGGCCAUUUCCUCUUUGCUGGUUAAGUCCUUGCUGGAGCCUGGACGAUAGUCAGAAAUCCCUCGUGAGAGAAGCUACCCCCUUGCAUCUCUCAGAGCAGCCACUGUUUGCAACCUGUAUCCAAGUGCACAGUAAAUGGAAGUUCUUCCUACCCACCUUGUCUUCUGAAACCUGAAGAAAAGUUCCACUGUUGUUGAGUAUUUUGGAGAUUAAAAUAUUUCUAGGGCUUUCCUCCUUUGCCUGAAUGUUUUUGAAGCAGUAACUGGGCUAGAAUUCACUGAGAGGCCCAAAGCUGCAAGAGUACCAUUCUCUGUGCCUUUACCCAUCUGUCCUUAUUCUGCCUGGAGCCAGGCAAAAAGAUGCCACUGCUCAAAGUGGAGCAAUAAAGAUUGAGUAAAUUGGAAUUGCAAGCGACUGGCUUCUUUUUGAAAUCAGCAGAUGAGAAAAUGAAAGUGCAUCCGCUCUGGGAGAGCGUGGACCUCGUUCCUGCGGGUGAUCGGCAGUCGCCCAUCAACAUCCGGUGGAGGGACAGCGUCUACGAUCCUGGCUUAAAACCGCUCACCAUCUCUUAUGAUCCGGCCACCUGCCUCCACAUCUGGAAUAACGGGUACUCUUUCCUUGUGGAAUUUGAAGACUCUACAGAUAAAUCAGGUUUCUGCAAAUUAUUUGGGAACUGAUCGAGGUUUCAAGCUAAAGAUGGUGGUGAUGAAUAGCCUGAGGGUCAUUCUUCAAGUGGCUCCAUGCAAACUGUUGAAGAGAAGGUUCCAGUUACCUGGGCUCCUGCCAGUGAGGCCCUGCAGCCUCUACACCUGCACAUACAAAUCCCGGAACCGAACCUUGCAUCCGCUCUGGGAGAGCGUGGACCUCGUUCCUGCGGGUGAUCGGCAGUCGCCCAUCAACAUCCGGUGGAGGGACAGCGUCUACGAUCCUGGCUUAAAACCGCUCACCAUCUCUUAUGAUCCGGCCACCUGCCUCCACAUCUGGAAUAACGGGUACUCUUUCCUUGUGGAAUUUGAAGACUCUACAGAUAAAUCAGUGAUUGAGGGAGGACCCCUGGACCACAACUACCGAUUGAAGCAGUUCCAUUUUCACUGGGGAGCCAUUGAUGCUUGGGGAUCUGAGCACACAGUGGACAGCAAAUGCUACCCUGCAGAGCUGCACUUGGUGCAUUGGAAUGCAGUCAAAUUUGAAAGCUUUGAGGAUGCAGCAGUGGAAGAAAAUGGUUUGGCUGUGAUUGGAGUGUUUUUGAAGUUAGGCAAACAUCAUAAAGAACUGCAGAAGUUGGUGGAGACUUUGCCAUCAAUUAAGCAUAAGGACACCCUUGUGGAAUUUGGGUCUUUCGACCCUUCCUGCCUGAUGCCCACCUGCCCAGAUUACUGGACCUACUCUGGGUCUCUGACUACGCCACCCCUCUCCGAGUCUGUCACCUGGAUCAUUAAGAAGCAGCCAGUGGAAGUGGAUCAUGAUCAGCUUGAGCAAUUCCGGACCUUGCUUUUUACUUCAGAGGGGGAGAAAGAGAAAAGAAUGGUGGACAACUUCCGCCCUCUUCAGCCCCUGAUGAAUCGCACUGUCCGCUCAUCCUUCCGUCAUGAUUAUGUGCUGAAUAGACAUGCAAAACCCAAGCCUGAUACCAGCCAAGUGACCCCCUAAGAUGUUCAUAUCUAUGCACUAUUUUGCUGUAAUACAUACUAGCUUUUAAGAAAUUGUUUAGAUGACUUUAAAUGCCUGCAUUUAAUAUUUAUAGAUAUACUCUUCUUUUUUUUAGUCAUUUUAAAGUUACUUUCCUUAUGAGGUUGGGACAUGGAGACAGAACAAUAGAAAAAUAACUGAUUGGUUUACAUCAGAUAACUUUUAGGUUGCCUUUUUAUGUGUGAAAGGAUUAAGGCCAGGGGAGUUAAUUAUCAUGCCUACUGUAAGUGGCCCAUUUGGGAAAGUUUGGUUAUCUUUCUAAUCCUGAUUUCUCUGAAGAGCAGAUAAAUAGCUUAUUUUCAGCUUGGUGAAGUGGAAUUUUAGUGUGAGUGACUCCAUUUUUAUUUUUAUCCUGGUCUCUUGAGGCCUAGUGCAAAAGCUUAGUCCAAAACAAUGAACUUAUGUACUUUUUUUCUUAACCAUCCCUCCCUUUUGGACAGACUCUCAUCACCUUAGGGCAUUAGUGCUACUGUCAGUUACCAUCAUCUUGGGCUUCCAGUCUCAACACAUCAUUCAUUCAUAGGUUAGAUGGGCACUUCUUGGUAUGAGAAUGCUUCAUUAGUCUUUGAAGAAAGCUAUACAAAUUAUUUUGUUGAAAAUGAUGUUUAUCACUGAAAUACCAGCUAGAGAUGCAGAUUUCUGAUACAGCAACUUGUUAGUAAUUAUAAUGUCUUUUCAAGUCUGACCUUUUUGAGCUAUCUUUUUAUGUUUAUUAAUCAAUGGUUCUAAAGAGUUGUAAGUAGGGCUUAUAAUCAAAAUGUUUAACAACUGGUAAAGGCACAGACACUGACCAUGCAGAACACAAGCUUUUCAGAAACAGCCAUGGGGCCCAGACUGGUACUUCCUGACUGAAUACUGGCCAAGUUUUAGAUAUAUUUUAUUUUAAAACAAGAACGUGUAUUCUUUUAUAAGAGUUUCUCAAUGAACAUGUUAUCUCUAAGAUUUAGUUAUCAUUAAUAGUACAUGAUAUACUUAUGUAAGAUCAAUUUAUGAUGUAGAAAGUAUGUUUUGUAAUACUAAUAAUCAAAGAAGGACUUUUACUAUAUCUGGAAAUCUUUUAGCACUUCUGGUGAUCUGAUAAUUUGCUUAAAAGUUUGAGCAUUUAGAAGGCAUAUGGAAAACACUUUAAAGAAAAUGCUUAAAGUGCCUAGAAUUUAGAAUUCUUUCAUGGUAUAUUUAACAGAAAUGCUUCUCAAAGGACUGCUAAUCUAACAGUUUAUCUCUUAGAGUAUUAUUUUGCAUUAUUUGUAUACUGUUACAUAGUACAUAAUUUUAGUAUUUCCACAAUGACAGAACUAGUUUAGCUUCCCUUUAAAAGUUUCUAAACUGUUAUUUAAUCAUUAGCCAAGGUUCUUUACAAGGAAAGUGAUAAAUUUAACCUCUCAGUUUCUAUAGUAGAUUAGAAGGCUUCUGUUACAGUAACUGAGAGAGAAACUUGUCAGAUAGGCUAAACUCUAGAUAAUUCCACAUAGCCUAUGCCACUGUUGCACUUAUAGAUAUCAUGGAAUGUUUCCAACUGUCUCUAAGCUUGUGUUCAGACUCAGUGUUGCAUUAAUAGUAGUAUUUCUUUCAUUACUAUGCUAGUCAUCUGGUCUACAAAUUAGGGCUCGAUGAAUAUACUCAACAGUACUGAACUGUUCACUUGAAGAUGGUUAAGAUAGAAAUGGGAUUACAUCAAACUUAUAAACUGUUACAUGGGCUGAGUGGUUAGCCUAGCAGCUAAGAUAUCCAUGUCCCAUAUCAGAGCACCUGGGUUUGAUAUCCACCUCAAGCUUCUGACUCCAGCUGUCUGCUAAUGCAGACCCCAGAAGUAGCAUACAAUAUCUGGGUUCCUGAAACCCACUUGGGAGAAAUGGAUUGAGUUCCAUGUUCCCAGCUUCGCUAUCCAGUGUUGUGGAUGGAGGAGUGUGCUCGCAAUCUCUCUGCCUCUCAAAUAAAUAAAUACACAAUUUAAAAAAUGUAUCAGUUGUAUGUGGGGGAGGGACUGGCAUUGUGGUAUAGUGGGUAAAGUGGCCACCUGCAAUGCUAGCAUUCCAUGUGGGCACCAGUUUGAGACCUGGCUGCUCCACUUCUGAGAUUUUAUUUGUUUACUUGAAAGUCAGAGUUACAGAGAAGCAGAGGCAGAGGCAGAGAGAGAGGUCUUCCAUCUGCUGGUUCAUUCCCCAGAUGGCUGCAAUGGCCAGAGCUGGGCCGAUCUGAAGCCAGGAGCCAGGAACUUCUGGGUCUCUCACUUGAGUGCAGGGGCCCAAGGAUUUGGGCCAUGUUCUGCUUUCCCAGGUCAUAGCAGAGAGCUGGAUCAGAAGUGGGGCAGCCAGGACUUGAACCAGUACCCGUCUGGGAUGCCAGUACUACAGGUGGUGGCUUCACCCGCUACGCCACAGCGCCAGCCCUGGCUGUUCCACUUCUGAUCCAGAUCCCUGCUAAUGGCCUGGGAAAGCAGUAGAACAUGGUACAAGUGCUUAAGUCCCUGCUACCCAUACAGGAGACCUGGAAGAAGCUCCUGGCUCCCGGAUCCUGACUUCAGCCUAGCCCAGCCCUGGCCAUUACAACCAUCUGGGGGAAUGAACCAGUGGAUGGAAGAAGAUCUCUCUUUCUCUUUCUCCCUCUGUCUAACUCUGAAUUUCAAAUAAAUAAAUAAAUCUUCAAAUAAAUAAGUACAUCUUUACAAUGUGGAUGAACCUUGAAGACAUUGUACUAAGUGAGAUAAAUGUCAGGGACAGUGGGUUUGGUGCAAUGGUUAAGUCACCGCUUGGGACACUUGUAUCCCAUAUUAGAUUGCCUUGUGUGAUUCCUGGCUACUCUGCUUCUGACCCACCUUCCAGUUUAUGCAAACCCUGGGAGCCAGGUCCCUGCCACCCAGGUAGUAGACCUUCAUUGAGUUCUGGGGUCCUGGCUUUGGCCUUGCUCAGCCCUGGUUGCUGUGGGUAUUUGGAAGAUAGAAGAUCUAUCUCUAUCUGUAUCUCUACCUUUCAAAUGAAAAUAAAUAAAAAUUUUUAAAACUUAAAA